CCUUAGCGUGCGGGCCGCGCCGGGCGCAGAGCACGCACCGAGCGAUGGCGGCGGCGGCGGCAGAGCGGGAACGCGAUGGCAGCUGCCACUUCCAGCGCUCCCGCCUCAUAUGGAUGGUCGCCAUCAUCUUCGGCAUGGUCCUCCUCGGCUGGGUAACACUUUGGCCUUCGACUAUACCUUAUAGUUAUUUGGGAAUAUUUGGUACCUUCCUUAAUUAUUUAGUGGAACACCACCACAAAUGGGUAUGCUACAUGUUCUGGGUUUCCUGGUUGAUUCACAUAGUAGAAGCCCUCUACGGUAUUAAGUUAUGCCAAUCUAAAGGAAUCACUAACCCAUCAGUUCAGUUCCAAUGGUUCGUUCAGACCGUUUUUUUUGGGUAUGCUUCCUUUGGUCUUCUGGUGGCUUACAAACCUUCAGCCAAGAAGCAGUACUAGAAGACAGUGGAAGAUGUCGCUUCUCACAUUCUUCAUCCUCAUUUUUCAGAAAAGAUCCUCACUUACAUGUCUAGGUGCUGUAAUUAUCUAAUUUACAUUCCUGCUGCAUGAUGCAG